UUCCGGUAGCAUGCGACGUAAACAAACCACACGCGGUGUUUGCCAAAGUUCGGCUAACAGGUAGACGUGUGCUGUUAGUUCGGCUUGGUUCGGUCCGGACGGAGGAGAAACGAUCAGCAUGGUAAAGUGCGUCGUGUCUGGGUGUCCGAACCGGAUCGUGAGCUACAACCGCGGAGUUUUUAACCGACCACCGAGGAGGUUCUUCAACUUCCCCAAAGACCCGGACCGAGUCAAGGUGUGGCUGGCAGCACUGAGGGAGACGGACAGGGACUCCUCCGAACAGCUUGUCAUCUGUGAAGAACACUUCCUGCCAGAGGACAUCUCCAAAAAAGGGCUCAUCAGUGAUGCUAUACCCAUUACGCCCCCUUUCUUUGACAGACCUCUCAGCCUGAUGGGCUCCUGGGGGCCUGAGCAGUGGUCCACUGGAGACCCCAAUGACGGUGGUGAAGAAGAUAAAGGUCGAGCACCAAAUGCUCCACCUUCACAAAAGCAGGGUCCAGGUCGAGGCUUGGAGAAUCCUCCAGCAGGUCAGAGUAUCAGUGAUUCUCAGCAGCAGAAUAAAACACCCAGCACGACUACCGGACUGAAUGCGCCGCUGUCCCUGCUGACUCAGGGUUUCCUGCAGCUUCUGUUGGCGGCUCCUGACGGCUCUGUGGACCUCCGGCAGGCGGCUGCCAGCCUGCAGACCCCCACGCGGCGAGUCCGAAACAUUGUCAACGUGCUGGACGACAUCGGUCUCAUCCACAGGGAGUCGGAGAGGCGGAUCAGCUGGAUAGGAAACACAUCCAUCUGCAGCUUUCUGUGGAGGAACCCCCUGAAGUUCCUGACAGCGCUGGAGAAGCUGCAACUGGUGGAGCACGAACUGGACAGACUCAUCAAAAGCUGCUCGCAGCAGCUCCUGGACCUGACCGACAACGUGGACAACUCUGCGCUGGCCUACGUGAGGUGUGAGGACAUCGCUCGGCUCGCCACUCAGGAGCAGACGGUGAUCAUCAUCAAAGCUCCGCCGGAAACAAAACUUCACAUUCCUGAGCCGAAGGAGGACAGAAUUCAUUUGCAUUUGGUGGCGGAGACGAGUCCGAUCACGGUGCUGAGCUUUGAGGUGGACUCAGCAGGGGUACCGACCUCCAGCCCAAAGGCACGGAGCAGCGUCGUCUUUACAGAGCUGAAGGAGGGUCGCGUUGGGGCACGCUCGGCGCGGUCAGACUCGUGUGAUUUGACUGAGGAAGACCCAGAUGGAGGAAGCAAAGCGGACUCUGAAGCUGUCGAGAAGAAGACUGACCAGACGAAAACGGUGGGGCAGACGUUCACCGGGCAGGCCAGGUGUAUGCCCGGCCAACCCACCGAGAUGGGACCCCCCCUGUCAGUCACCAACAUGCCUCCGUUCCUCCAAACAUGCAUGCAGCUCUCUCACUGAAGCAGACAGGGAGAAGAUCUUUAAAUGCUUCUGGGAGGACAUGGACUGGGAACAAAGAAAAAACUACAUGUGCAGUUUGGUGGAGGUCAUCGCCAUCCAGAGGAGACAGGGGUCUGGGUGUUCACAGAUGGAAUCCGGCCUUGUUUUCCACCUGAGUGUUGAUGGAUGGAGGAGGAGGGUGUGCAAGGCCUUGUUCCUGGCAACCUUAGGACUAAAGGAGUCGAUGGUUCUGAAAUGGAUCCGAGAGAAGAGAGAAACAAACGAGAGCGGAGGCGAGGUUCAGGAGGACUUUCCCGCAGGACCAUCCAGACCUGCUGUAUCCUGAUACUACUUCUAAAGAUAUAAAGAUUUUUACAUCAGUGUUACCUGAUGUCAGAGAACCUCGUUUCCUUUAAUACAUCUUUUUUUUGUUUUUUCAUGCCUCCUCCUGAUAAACAGCAAACUAAAAGCUAAAACUGGUGACUUGUUCUCAGAUAAUCUCAGAGCGAUGUUUCUUUUGUCCAUCACUUCUGCAGAGAAGCUGCAGCCUGAGAGCUGUGGUCAAACUUCUUCAAACUGCACAAAAAGCCCAAAUCUGAGCGACUGAUUGGGAAUCUAAGCUGAUGUGAAAAGCACCAUCUGUCACUGAACGCAGCGGACGCGUUAUAAAUCCUGGGAUCUACCAGUCGUGUCACUUUCUUUAGCGUAAGAACAUGUUUGAAAACCGAACACCGUUCAAGCUGAAUCGGCAUGUUGGAUUUGUUUCUUUGUGAUCCAGCAGAGAUUGUGUUCAUGCUUCUGUCUUUUUCACAUUUAUACCAUCUUUUUUAUUGGAAAACGAACAUGAAACUCAUCACCUUGUACGUCAGAGCCUGUAUGACGUCAUGAUGCAUUCAGGUACAUCUUGUAAACUUUGAAGUGUGUAUCAAAGAUACUAGAUAUAUCAAAAACAUGACAAUGCUCAAACACUAGUAUCUUGGAAUGCUUAUCUCCAUGGAAACACCCCAAAGACAUGAUGUGCUCCGUCAUCUGUUGCCUGAAGCGUCAAGGUACGGGACAAACGACGAUUUCAGACGAACCAGAGGCUCACUGAAGUCCUGCAUGUUGUCACAUGACUGUUUCAGGCUUCAAGCAGCUCCGUCCUGAGGAGCAGAGCCAACAGCUGACCACCAGGAGGCGCCAGCAUCCUGAAGAAUCAGGACCUGGGCAGCUCAUCUGCAGGCACAUGAGAUAAACCUGAUGAGGUCUUACCUGAGUGUGUGAUGAAGGUUCCAGUCAUGAAACGGAUCCAUUUUCAGGUUUUUAUUUGAACUCCUGCCAUGAAGAAGCAUCGAGCUGCUGAGCUCAUACAGUGCAAAACAUCUGAUGCAUCGGUUUAAUAGUCAUUAACCACACACACAGUAAAAUCAUGUUUCCAGUGCUUGAGUUGUUGUAAAAAAAACUGGAACCAAUAAAAUAUAAAAUUAUAAAAAU